UAUUUCCUCCUCUGGUUUGUUUCAGAAAUGUCUUCAUUAUGGAGCCUCCGGCCGAUGCUGACGUCUCUGCUCCAAGCGUCCCAGCAUGCCUCAGCCUGGACCGGUCCCAUCCUCUCCAGGACGAUGGCCACCCUCAACCAGAUGCACCGCAAGGGGAAACCCAAAACGCCUCCUAAGCCUAUCAGCGCCACGUUCGGCCGUCCGCAGAUGAGGGCGGUGAUCCUGAAGACCAUGAUCCGAAAACCCAAGAAGCCCAACUCCGCCAACAGGAAGUGCGCUCGAGUGCGGCUGUCCAACGGGAAGGAGGCGGUGGUGUUCAUCCCCGGGGAGGGACACAACCUGCAGGAGCACAGCGUGGUGCUGGUGGAGGGCGGGAAGAAGCAGGACCUGCCCGGAGUGAAACUGCGAGUGGUGCGAGGGAAAUAUGACUGUGCUCACGUGGUGAAGAAGAAACAGUAGAGGAGCAACGCCGCUGUGUGUGUGU